ACGGCCUUCCUUGUUCAACCUUCCUCAUUGUUGGAACCGAAACUGAUGGCGGACGAAGCGUUGCAGAAGUCUACCAGUGGUAACGGACUUAAAAAUCUUAAUAAAAAAAUGGAGACGUUUAAAGUUUUAGUACUCUUUUCUUUUUGGCUGUGCGUCUGUCAUGCUGCUACAGGACCCACUCAUGGUAAAGUCGUAGUUUGUUACGUUGGAACGUGGGCCGUUUACAGACCGGGAUCAGGUUUAUUCGACGUCGAACACAUCGAUCCCACAUUAUGCACUCAUCUAAUUUACUCAUUUGCUGGAUUAAACAUAGAGACCGAUAGCAUUAAAUCAUUAGAUCCUUAUCAAGAUCUCACAGAAAAUUAUGGAAAAGGCGGAUUCAAUCGUUUCGUACGAUUAAAAGAUCGAUAUCCACAUUUAAAAGUUUCAAUCGCCAUUGGAGGAUGGACCCAAGGCUCAACAAAUUACUCCAUAAUGGCUUCAGAUCCACAAAGGAGAAGUAGAUUCGUCCGAAGUGUCUUAGAAUUUAUCAAAAAACAUAAUUUUGAUGGAUUAGAUCUUGAUUGGGAAUUUCCAGGAAAACGCGGCGGGGCACCUCACGAUAAAGCAAAUUUUCUUCUACUCGUCAAAGAACUUCGAGCUGCUUUUACUAAAAACAAUUAUCUUUUAACAGCUGCUUUAGGAGCAGGGAAAGAUACUAUAGAUAUUGCUUAUGACGUCGCUGGGCUUAGUGUUUAUUUAGAUUUUAUACACAUGAUGUGUUAUGAUUAUCACGGUGAUUGGGAUAAAAAAACAGGGCCGAAUGCUCCGUUAAAAGGACAAGAUGCUUUAACAGUUGAAUACACCAUCAAUUAUAUGUUACAAUUAGGAGCAGAACCCAGUAAAUUAGUUAUGGGUUUACCACUUUAUGGCCGAACUUUUACAACUAAGGAAGAAAACGUUUUCACUAAAGAAAAACCAAGACUAGGAGUUGAAUCAGAAGCGGCUGGAUUUCCGGGACCAUUCACAAGGGAAAAUGGUUUUAUGGGAUACAAUGAAAUUUGCUUAGAAUUAAAAAAUAACUCAGAUUUUUGGACAAUACAUUGGGAUGAUGUUUCAAGGACACCUUUUGCGAUUGGCGGUGAUAAAGUGAUAGUUUAUGAUAAUCCUAGAUCGAUUUCGGAAAAAGUUAAAUUUGCGAUGGAGAAAAAUCUUGGAGGUUGUAUGGUUUGGUCAAUGGAUACUGAUGAUUUUAGGGGUGAUUGUUCGUCCAUGGAAGGUGAAAUGUUUGAAAAUUAUCCUUUAUUAAGAACUAUUAAUAAAGUCAUCGAAAUAUCACUUGAAGAUAUUAAAAGGAGCAAAGAAAACGAAAUCCCCGACGAUAGAAAAGAGAAAAGCUCUUCAUCUAGAACUUUAGGGGCGUCUUUAUUAACAGUUGGACUCACUAUUAUUAACGCUGUUAUUUUUAACAAAUUUAUGUUUUAAAUCUUUUUUUGUGAUUAUCAUUUUAUUAUUAUCAUU